GAUUAAAUAAUCCUGAAUUAGAAAAAUCUUUAAGUGAGGUUCAGACUUAUCAGCAAUUAGUGGAUUUAGAGCAGAAAAUAAUGAAAGAGGAGCAGGAAAAAAAGCAAAGCAGACAACAAGAUUUACAAAGAAACAACCGAAAUCUAAAAAUAGGGUUAGUUAGUGUUCUGAUAAUUAUGGCUAUGGUGUAUACAAUGAAAGCCAUCAGACCUCUAACUAAUUCUCGUCGCAAUACUAUUCUGUUGAAUUAUCGAGAGAAAUUGUCCCCUUAUAAAAAAGGAAUUCCCCAAAAAUUACUGAAACUGAUUCCGCCCCAUUCUGGUCGUAAUAAUCAGGGAAGAAUUACUCGCUAUGAAAAAGAUAACAUUGAAGGCAAGAUUGUAAGCAUUGAAUACGACCCCGGUCGUAAUUGUUUUAUUCAUUUAGUAAGCCAUCGAGACGGCAGUUUUACUCUUAUAAUUGCCCCCGAGGGAUUAAAAGUAAAUGACAAAAUAACAAGUGGGAACGAUGAAAAUGUUCCCAUAAAAACCGGCAAUAAUUUGCCUUUGCGUUAUAUUCCUCUUAACACUCCCAUCCACAAUGUGGAACUAAAAAAAGGAAAAGGCGGGCAAAUAGCGCGAGGAGCCGGAACUUAUGCAGAAAUAAUCGGUAAAGAAGAAAAUAGCAAGUAUGUGCUAGUAAAACUCCCCUCCAAAGAAGUGAGAAAAGUAUUAGCCGAUUGUCGGGCAACUAUUGGUAAAGUAGGCAAUAGCGAAGCCAAUUUGGUCCGUUUAGGCAAAGCCGGACGGGGCCGUUGA